UCCAGAAGCGGGAGCCGCAGCCGAGCGAGCCGUUGCCGAGUGGCUGGCGGCGCCAUGGCGUGCGCGGGGCUGCUCACCGUGUGCCUGAUCCGGCCGCCCGCGCCCGAGCCCCGGCGGCCCCCCGCGCCCCUGCCUGCCGCCGCCGUGCCCGCCGGACACGCGCUCUUCCAGGACGUUUUCCGCAGAGCAGACAAGAAUGAUGAUGGUAAGCUCUCAUUUGAGGAAUUCCAGAAUUACUUUGCUGAUGGGGUUCUCAGCCCUGGGGAGCUGCGGGAGCUGUUCAACGGCAUUGAUGGGCACUCCACCAACAAUUUGGAAACAGAGAGACUGUGUGACUAUUUCUCAAAACACCUGGGUGUCUACCGGCCCGUGCUGGCUGCCCUGGAGUCGCUGAACUGUGCAGUGCUCACUGCCAUGGACACCACCAAGCUGGAGUAUGAGCGGGCCUCCAAGGUGGGCCAGUUUGUGACGCGCUUCCUCCUGCGGGAGACGGUGAGCCAGCUACAAGCCCUGCAGAGCUCGUUGGAAGGGGCAUCAGAUACCCUGGAGGCCCAGGCCCGGGGCCCACGGUCAGACGAAGACAGUGUGGGGGUGCAGAGCAGGCCCCACGGCAGUCGGCGGGUAGGGCGCAGGGCCCUGCGGAGCAUCGGUCGGUCACCCACCUGGUCUCCUGGCUCCUCCGCCUCAGACACAGGGCAGAGCUCGGGAGCUGAGAUGCGGUGGCGGCUCCAGGUCAACCGUCUCCAGGAGCUCAUCGACCAGCUCGAAUGUAAGGCCCCCAGGCUGGAACCUCUGCACGAAGAGGAGCUUACCAAGGGGCCUGACUCGCACAUCCUCGUGGCCCAGAGGCAGGUGCAGGUGGCGGAGGAAGCCCUGCAGGAUUUCCACCGUGCCCUGUGCUGCUACGUGGACUUCACAGGGGCCCAGAGCCAUUGCCUGCAUGUGUCUGCCCAGAAGAUGCUAGACAAUGCCUCUUUCACCCUGUAUGAGUUCUGGCAGGAUGAGGCCUCCUGGAGAAGGCACCAGCAUUCUGCCUGUAGUAAGGCCUUCCAGCGCAUCCUCAUUGACUACCUUCGGGCUCCGGACACCCUCACCACUGUGUUCUUCCCAGCCUCCUGGUGGAUUAUGAAUAAUAACUGAGCCUGACCUGCAUAAGCCAAGGCCCUGGGGCCCUACCUGCCUCAUUCUGGAGCUUCUGGACUGGUCAACUCAGCACCAAGACCAAGGACGUGGCCACUCUUAGACCUGGGGCUGG